AUGAAGACUUAUUAUACCCUUCAUGGGCCCGAAAAUGUUCCAGUAGGUGCUUUUUCCCUUUGGAAUGUUUUAAAAGAUAGUUUUGACCCCACUCAUGAGGUUGCGUGCCUCGCUAAACAGGCGACGGAGGAGGAAAAACAGCCUUUGUGUGCAGCGGUAAAAAUAGCAACUUGUGAAAAUCUAGCGCCUUCUGCCCCGCUGCCCGCUCUAAAUGAGCAUGAAAAGAGUGAGAGUGAGUCUGACUCUGACUCGGAUAAUGAACAGCCUGAGAAAAAGGAAGAGUUGCCACCUGAUUAUCAGACUGAAUUAGAAGAAGAAGCUACUAGAUAUCAUUCUAAAGAUUUCGAUCCCUUGGCGUUAGCUGCACUGCGAGACCAGAAAGUGAAAGUAAAAAUAAAGUCCAUUCAGUCUCGGCAAGCGAAGCGUCUGCCUGAGAAGGUCGGGUUUCUAGGGGCCAUGAGAGAGGCAAGGAGGCAGGGGCCCCCAGAAAGCAAGAGGCGCAAGAGGACCAAGUUCAACAAAAACCAACACAAGGUUCUCAUGGAGGUCUUUGAAAUGGACCCAUACCCUGAUAUCACUGUCCGAGAGGAACUAGCUAGACAAAUCCAGAUUCCUGAGCCAAGAAUCCAGGUGAAGUAUAAAUUUGUGCUUCUUCCCUCAGGAGGGAGAGAUGGCAUGAGGAACCAGCAAGGAUUGUGA